AUGGCUCCUUUCCAACCUCAAUCGCCUAGUGGAGGUCUCGAUUACUAUAGUGGCAUGGCUGGAGAAGCCUAUGACGCCAGGACUUAUGACAGCAUUCUGAAGGACUGGGUAUUACUGGACUUGCGAAUGCGGGCAUUUCACUUAUCGAAGCGAAGCUUAUGCGACAGAGAGCUUUUGGAGGACUUGUACGUUGUUCAUCUUUUUAAAUGA